AAAAAAAUUGCAUAAAAAAUAUAUAAAAGUCAAAUUAUUAAUGAUCCUAACAAAAGAUAUUGCAUAAAAAAUAUUAAAUAAGCUUAAGUAUUAAAUGAGAAGUUAGCAUUAAGUGGCUUAAACUUGAAAACUCAAUUUUGCCACAUCAGUGAUCCAGCAUCAUGUAUAUAUAUUGGGUUGAAGAAACGUGCAGAGAAUCUAUCAGAGUAGUGCAGAAUAUGAUGUGCAUGCCAUAGGCAAACAACACUGAAAAUAGUUACAACAAAAUGGAAAGCUUUUUGCUCAUUAAUAUUCUCUCUGUGCUAAUUAUAUUCUUCUCCGGAGGAGGAGCCAUAGUUGAUGUUAGGCCCGUGGCAGCGACGCCUCUCCCACUCCGCACGGAUACUCGAUGGAUCGUGGGCCAAGAUGGGCGAAGGGUAAAGCUGGCGUGUGUGAAUUGGGUUUCCCACGUGGAAGCUGUGGUGGCUGAAGGGCUCAGCAAAAAGCCCGUCGAUGACAUUUCCCAGGGAAUAAAGUCCAUGGGCUUCAACUGUGUCAGGCUCACUUGGCCCAUACUUUUGGUCACAAACGACUCUCUGGCUUCUCUCACCGUUCGACGCUCCUUUCAGAACCUCGGCCUCCUUGAAUCCGUCGCUGGUGUCCAAACCAACAACCCCUCCAUCAUUGACCUUCCGCUCAUCCAAGCUUUUCAGGCAGUGGUGAAAAGUCUUGGAGAUAACGAUGUGAUGGUGAUAUUGGACAACCACAUAACCCAACCAGGGUGGUGUUGCAGUAAUUCUGACGGGAAUGGGUUUUUCGGUGACAGAUUUUUUGACCCAAAUUUGUGGUUGUUGGGUCUGACCAAGAUGGCAACACUUUUCAAUGGGGUCACUAAUGUGGUGGGUAUGAGCUUGAGGAAUGAGCUCCGAGGACCCAAACAGAAUGUGGACGAUUGGUACAAGUACAUGGUGAAAGGAGCAGAAACAGUCCAUGCUGCAAAUCCAGAUGUUCUUGUGAUUCUAUCAGGCCUAAAUUUUGACAAGGACUUGUCAUUCAUUCAAAAACGACAGGUGAAUGUGACAUUUAAGGAAAAGUUAGUAUUUGAGGCUCAUUGGUAUGCGUUUACUGAUGGUGAAGCUUGGGUGAAUGGUAACCCAAACCAAGUAUGUGGACAAGUGGCUGGAAAUUUCAUGAGAACCUCUGGCUUCUUGGUGAACCAAGGAUGGCCACUGUUUAUCAGUGAGUUUGGUGUAGACUUAAGAGGCACCAACAUCAACGACAAUCGCUACCUUAACUGCUUCUUAACAGUGGCAGCUGAGCAUGACUUGGACUGGGCAUUAUGGACACUGGUUGGAAGCUACUACUUUAGACAAGGAGUUGUAGGAAUGGAAGAGUUUUAUGGCAUUCUUAAUUGGGAUUGGUCCCAAGUUAGGAAUCUCACUUUCUUAAACAGAAUCUCUUCCCUCCAACUUCCAUUUCGAGGUCCUGGCAUAACAAAAGGCAAUCCGCAUAAAUUGAUAUACCAUCCCUCAACUGGGUUGUGUGUGAUAAGAAAGACAUUGCUAGAGCCAUUAACAUUAGGACCUUGCUAUUUAUCUGAAGGUUGGAAAUACACACCCCAAAAAAUUCUGUCAAUAAAGGGUACUUACUUUUGCAUUGAAGCGGAGAAUGAAGGGAUGCCUGCCAUGCUUGGGAUAAUAUGCUCAGAUUCUAACUCUAGAUGGGAAAUUAUCUCAGAUUCCAAGUUGCAUCUUUCCUCUAAACUCAGUGAUGGUUCUGAUGUAUGCCUAGAUGUAGACGACAACAACGUCAUUCUCACGAAUGCAUGUAAAUGUUUGAGCAGAGAUCGUUCAUGCGACCCUAGUAGCCAGUGGUUCAAACUUAUCGACAGUGGAAGGAGGUCGAUCUUCACAAGCUCAUUAUCAUCAUCCAUGCAAAAUUCGUCGGACCUUUUAUGGAAACAAUUGAGCUCAAUAUAGCUUGAAUAAAAUUAUAUAUAUAUAAAAUUGGACAAUAAUACAUAUACUUCUCCAUUUAAUAUAUACCUUUUAAAUGUUUAUUUAUUUUUUCUUUUUUAUCAGAUCAUGUAUUUUAUAAACUUUAUAACUUU